UUGGUUAGUUUGAUCUUAAAAAGCCAUGUCUCCUCUGCACUUUCGUGGCUGUCUGAUGGGAUGAAGCAAACGCACCUUCAGUCGCUGAAACAGCUGGCGGUACAUUAUAGUUAAAUCAGGCCAAAAAGUGUUUCAUAUAGGGUUUGCUCAAGAUUGAAGUGGGUUAGUAGGGAAGGAGAAAGCCUGUGUGUUUAUUGUAUGAGUGUAGGAGCAGCCACUGUCCCAUCAUGCCUCGGUCUUUCUUGGUGAAGAAAGUCAAACUGGACGAUUUUUCGGCUGCAGAGCUGGAGAGCUCAUAUGGUCACAGCAGAAGAGAGGAGCUCAGUCUGCGAUUCCACCAUCAUGACAAAGGGUACGUCAGCGAUUAUCUGAGUCCAAAUCCAUAUGAUGAUGUGGUGGGAAGCGACUCAUCUGUCAUCUCUAAGGUACCCUCUCCAAGCCACUCGUCAAUCAUCUAUGACCGCAUCAACAACACCUACACCGGUAUCCACGGUGACAUCCAUGGCGAUUCGGACCAGCCGGACAGCCCGCGGUCCGAGGUCUCGUCAUCAGCUGGCGGAUACAUCAACGGGGACACAGCCGUGAGCGAGGGCUACACAGUGGAUGCAUUUUUCAUCAUGGACGGACGAUCGCGGAGGAAAAACACGGGGAACCCGAGAGGAACCACCCAGAGGCACAGCUGCAGCGAGUGCGGUAAAACCUACGCCACUUCCUCAAACCUGAGCCGGCACAAGCAAACGCACAGGAGCAUGGACAGCAAGAUGGCCAAGAAGUGCCCCACAUGUGGGAAAGUGUACGUCUCCAUGCCUGCGAUGGCCAUGCACCUGCUGACCCACGACCUCAAACACAAGUGCGACGUGUGCGGCAAAGCUUUCAGCCGGCCGUGGCUGCUGCAGGGCCACAUGCGCUCGCACACGGGCGAGAAACCAUUUGGAUGUGCACACUGUGGGAAAGCAUUUGCUGACCGGUCAAACCUACGCGCUCACAUGCAGACGCACUCAGCCUUCAAACACUACAAGUGUAAACGCUGUAACAAGACGUUUGCACUCAAGAGUUACCUGAACAAACAUUACGAGUCUGCAUGCUUCAAAGGGGCUUUCUCCCCUCUGAGCUCACUUGGGGAAUGA